AAUAUUCACUAUUCGCCUGUUUACUCCCGCUUAAAGUGUGUUUUCGGUGGGCUACAUAAACAUUUAGAACUACUAAAUAAUAAUAGUUUAUUUUCAUUUUGGCUAUUCAUUUCGAUUAAACCCGCGUAUUCAAAGGGUAUUUAACAUAUGUUGCAAUAAAAUGAGGAAGCUGCGGUCUCGGGGCGUCACAUUGAAGUCGCGAUAGUUACCAGAUACUGAACUAACUUUGAAGACAAAUGGUUUCAUGGAGGAGCUCCAGUUUAGUCAAUCAUUUUGAUAAAAUAGCAUGAUUCAGAGUUUGAAUUCUCCACAAAACGAGAGCCAUGGUGCUGGCAACUUCUGUGUUUAUCCUAAUUCUAAUGAUCAUAGUCGAAUAUGUCUCGUCACUCGUUCUGCCACCAGAAAACGUCACGGUGAGCUGCCACAACUUUCAGACAAGGGCUUAUUGGAAUUACAGCAAGCACCCUCUACCACCUAAUUUCAUAUUACAUUUUGUUUCUGAGAGUGAGAACAAGACUGUGACAACGACAGAGCUCCAUUAUGACUUGACCCACCUCAUGAGGGCGUCCUCAUUCAGCAAUCGCUACGCAGUGGAGGUCAGAGCUGUAGAAGGAGCAGAGACCUCACAACAUGUCAGCUCCCCAAUAAUCACGUUUAACAUCUUGAAGAUGGCAGAUGUCAAAUGUGCCCUGGAUUUCCCUCCUGUUAAGCUGUCACCAGAUGAUAUGGGGAUUGCGGUAAGCUUUCGCAACCCAUUCUACUACUACAAAGAACUGGCGGAGUCAAACCCGUUUGACAGAGUCUUCCACUACAAAGUGUUCACUGAGAAUACAUCAGACACUAUGUCAUCUCCCACCACACACAAGUGUACAAUGGCAAGGAACUGUGGGGUGGUAUUACCCAGCAGUAGGGGACCAUACUGUGUUCAACUAAACGGUUCAAUCAUGGACGGGAAAAUACCAUUCAAAAAGACAGCCAUUGUCUGUACCCAAGACCACCAUGCGCAUGAGUCUUACGUCUUCAUCCUACUUGGGGUUGUGUUGGCGGUGUUUAUCAUUGUCAGCUUGGUAAUAAUAGUGAUGGUCUACCAGGUAAAGGCAUGGAAAACAAACCCCUCCAUUUUGCCAAAGGCAUUGGCUUCACUCAUGACAAACCCUAAUGAGAGAAGAAUAAUGCAGUUUCCAGAGGACAGAGUGGAGCACAUCGCCAUCGAAGACUACCAGGCACAGACUGAAGAGGUGGAGAUCAUCGAGGUGGAACGGCCAUGUUGUAUGGUAGAAGACCAGAACGCACAGUUUGGAAGGUUGUUGGAAGAGGACGAAGAGGAGGAUGAGUGUCCGCCCUCGGGCUACGGCCACGCACACAGCCUGGAUAUGUAGGUGGAGAUGCACCCAACAAGGUGAAGGAUUAUGGUGAAGCUGGAGUCCAUAACCUCCAUCAGGUCAUUAAGAACCAUAGGGGGGUGGGAACGAAAGAUGGUGCCCUCGGUCUAAGCUGGGUUGUUUUUCUCAGGAACACUUGGUUGCAUUUAUAUGGAAACUGGAAAUAUAAAAAGCCAUCAAGAUUCUGCCACUCCGAGAAGUGGAGGUGUGCUGGAUGAACUUUGUACCUCAUCUUAGUCAUCUGUAGAUGACUAAGAACAAUCGAGUGUUGCCAGUACUGUUCAACUUAUUCGCCAAUUGAUUUUUUUCUGUAUGCAAUCACCAUUGUGGUUAGAUUUGUGAUGGACAAAUGGUUUUGUGAAGGUUUGUUUGGAAGUUUAAAAAGUUGUGAAGAUCCCGGUUUUUACAUAAAUCUUUUAAAGAAAAUAAAGCUUGGACUUUUAGGAGCCUUUAUGGAGAGACACUGAAUGUAACACUGUCCGUUUUUAAUAAAAAUUACUUUCUUAA